AUGCUUCUAGAAAGCAUCCCGAUCUUGCGGAAGCGCUUCCGCAAAGGCCGUGAUUGGAUCAGGGAGCCUGGAGAAACCUCUGGGGACAAUGUUUUGCAGACUACGAAGGCAAUAGAGCUGAACUUCAGUACCCUCCGGACUGUUUUCAAGUGGAUGCCAUCGCAGAAGUUGUCUAUCACAACAUUGGAACCUGAGGUGAAGGCGCUCUUCCGCAAGAUGAAUCAUGUGCCAGAGGAUCGCCGGCAGUCGUGGAUUGAUUCCUGGUCUGUGCGGACAAUGCAGAAGCGCAAGGAGUGGGCGAAAAAGGUGAAAGAUGCCCGGCUGGCUGCUAUGAUGGAGGAGGGUGAGGAGGAAAUUGAAGAUGAAGAUGAGGAUCAGGAAGGCCCCGCUGAAGAUGAAGAUGGGGAGGAUGAUGGAUAUGACGAUGAUGAUAAUGCGCCAGGACCUGGCGAGGAUGAGGACGAUGAUGCUCGUGCGGGAAAUGAUGAGCCUGAGGAGGGAGGUUCUCGAGGGGAUGAGCAUCCUAACGAGGAGGAUGGAGCGGGAGAUGAGGGAGAGAAUCAUGAUGAAGGGCAGGAGCAUGGAACAGGAGCUGGAGAGGAAGGCGAGGAGGAAGAAGACAAUGAUGCGGAUGAUGCGAUUGUUGAAGAAGGUGUAACCUCCAGCACCUAUGGUAUGGCCCAGAAACGAGAUAGGCUCAAGAACCUUCGUGAGCAGAUUGCAGCCCUGCAAGCCUCCAUGUACCUCACCUGA